AUGACUUUCGCCGUGGUCGCGGCUAUGAUCACCUUGGCCUGUACAGCUGCGCCGCCGCGCGAUUGCUUUAUGGGCACACCGCAGCAGUGCAAGAAUGCUCUCUUUGCCGACCAGUCCUGUCGAGGUCUCAACGUAACCACGCGAGAUGGCUGGAAGCGUAUGGAUUGCGACUACGUGCUGUACGACGUACGCGCUCCGACGCCAACGGACAAGUGGCUCAUCGUCCAUGCGGGCGGCUGCGACAGUUACACUGAAGAUGUCGGCGACUUUUUCUCUCAACAAAUGGACCUGAAUGUUUGGGGACUACGCCCUUGUGGUGGUUACGAUGAGAGCGCAUGCGCGAGAAACAGUGGCUACGACAUCUGCGCUGCCUUGCACGUCUCAUUCUUGUUCCCCUCGCUUGAUCAGGGUCCGGAUGUGAUCAGGCCAUACGGCAAUGGACUUAAUGCCCCAGCUCUGGUCGACAUCUACCACACGCCCAACACGACCAUGCUAUUCCUGCACCAGUACGGGUCAAGCAACACUAGCUAUAGCUGGUAUCCAGCCGACGGGUGCAACUCAGACACAAAACCUUUGUACAUGUGUGUCGCUGGUAUCGAGAAAGAUCACAGUACAUAUACCGCCAAGUUCGACGCGAUCAAGUCACUUCUCGAGGCAGUCAGCAAUACGCCGGAACUCCCUUGCAAACUAGAGGUCAUCGAUGCAAUGCCUUACAGUCAAAAUCAAACGGCAGAUAUGCCUUGCACUGGUAUUCUGCGUGGGUACAAUGACCCCUCAAGAGUGGGCGGCGAUGUUGGGCCUGGGACUGCAGUCAACUGGGCAUGGGAGAUGACCGGAGUUCAGCUAAAAGCCGUGAUGCUGGCAUCGGAAACUGAGCCGGAUGGUCAGUUGGUUCAGGCGUUUGAGAAGGCGAUCAGUGUAGCUUUGUGUCAAGACUUCGAUUCGGCAGAUGGGUGCAUCGAUCGCGACAAGUGA